AUGGCAGCAACCUUCCACGUUCGUUCUAACAGCUUUCCCUCGAGGCCACACCCUCAAGCUGCUCAUGUAAACGAGCAGUUGAUCAGAUUGAGAUCCUCUGAAGCCGCUUCUACAUCAUCUUCUUCCUCUUGUAUCGGACAAAGACUUAGCGAUGUUCAAGAUUUGUACGAUUCCCUCGAGAAGCUCCUUCGCUUACCCGUCACCGAGCAAACCCUUGACAAUAAAGCCGUCGAGCAUCUUCUUGAUGGAUCUCUCAGGAUAUUGGAUUUCUGCAACAUUUCCAAAGAUGCUUUGUCUCAGACAAAAGAGUGUCUCAAGGAGAUCCAAUCAAUUCUACGAAGAAAACGCGGAGAUCUGUCAAGCGAAGUUAAGAAAUACUUGGCCUUAAGAAGAUCCCUCAAGAAGUCAUUCCACAAACUCCUCAAGAGUUUGAAGGUCACUAAUAGCGACGAGUCUCAGGCUGUGUUCGGAGAAGCAGAAGCUCUGACAAUUUCUCUGUUCCGUUCUCUGUUUUCCUUCGUGUCUGAAUCAUCGACACCUUCUGGCAAAUGGUCGCUGGUCUCGAAGCUGAUGAACCGUAAAAGAGUUGCGUGUGAAGCACAAACUGCAAACGAGUUUGCAGAGCUUGAUUCUGCAUUUCAGUUGUUCAUCGAGAAGAAGUCUGAAACUUCGUUGAAAAUGGAGGGUGUGAAGAAGUUGGAGAGCUGCGUCCAAGAUCUGGAAGAAGGGAUUGAGUCUCUCUUUAAAUCUUUGAUGAAAUACAGAGUCUCUCUUCUUAACACCUUUGGCCACUGAGCCUAUAGAGAUUGUACCAAAAAAAGCAUCAUACUUUUAAAAUGAGUACAUAGAAACAACGAAUACAAGAAAAAUUUUCUAUAUAACUGUGUGUUCUUGUUGCUUCUUCUGUUCUUUCCCCCUUAAUUUUGCGAUUCAUUUCCCGUCAAAGAACAAAA